AUGAGAAGGAAAAAAUGAAGUCAGAAAGACAUUCGAAAUAUUAGAAGUAGACCGUAGCGUUAAUAUAGAUAGAAAUUGACAAAACAAAAUGGUGAUUGAAAACAAAACUUCGGCACUGGUGCGCAUCUGUGCGAGAUUUUUACAUUCUUUCUAAAAAAAUUAUUCGGCACCGGUGCGCACCCGUGCACAACCAGUGCCGAUAAAAUAUUUUUUUGUAGGGCACUAUCUCUAUGGGAAAAAAAGCUGAUAGGUUUUGAUUUAUAUUAGUCCGUAGCAGAAAAAACUACGUACUGUCAUCAAUGAGUCAGAAAGUAAGAGAUUUUGCCUCUACAUCCACUUUCUCAACUUCAGAAAUCGAUUGACAAGCAAAUCAAAGUUAAUAAAAUCUUUCCUCAAGCAAAAUUUUUGGAAAAACUGCUAUAGGAUUACUAGUAUGGGGCAAAAAUCGUUUUGUUCACAGGAAAUGUUUUACUGAUAUGUGUGUUACAGGUAUGCUAUUCAUAGUCUUUUGUUUUUAAAUAGAAUCUACUAAUAUUUUAUUUUCUAUAAACUUCUAAAUGGAAAAGAUAAAUAGAUACAGUUUCUUAAACAUUGUUUUCUAUCAUAUAAACAUAUGUAUGCACGUUUAUAGAAGAAGAAAAAUAUGUCGAUAAUGAUGAUAUGACGAUUACGAUAUAAUUCUAUCGUGAAAGUUAAAUAAAUCGUAAACAAACGAGAUCAAGUGAACAAAUGAAUGAUAAGAAUUGAUGAUUAGCUUUUAAUGAUCUCAACCUAAAGAUGACAUUAGGAUUAUAGAACAAUGUUUAUUCACAAUGAGAAUAAGAGAAUACCCCAAAGAAGCGUGUAGUAAAUAAAUAAAAAAAAAAGAAAUUUGUGAUACCGAAGAAAUAAAAUUAAUGUUAUGAGCAGGUAGAAGACAGUUAAAAUAGUAGCAGAAUCCAAUAGUAUUUAAAAAUAAUGUUUUAUCUUAUAAUCAUUACGUUUCUUAUUACCAUACAACAAAUUAAAUUUAGUGCCGGUAAAGUAAAAUGUGAGUUAUUGUCAAAAUUACUUGACAAAAAUUAUCAUCAAUAUUUUGUCCAAUAGAAUAAUCUAAUUUUAUUUCAACAGUAUAAUCAUUUUUUAAAAAUUCUAUAAAUUUAGCUCUAAAACUUUCGUCGCAUGUUUCUAUUCGAUACUCUCCAACGAAGUUUUAUCCAGAAAGUCGAAGCAACAUUAUUCAUCUGUAAAAUUAGUAGUUUCAAUAGUUUAAAAGUCAUCUCUUAACUCUCUCAUAGCUAUGACUUAGAAGUUUCAUAAAUGGUAGAUAUCUAGAUCGUAUUAAUCACGAUAAUAUCUAUAUUUAUUAUAGCUAUCCAAGCUCAACAUAAUCUUGGUGAAAUUUGUAUACCUGGAACAUGUUCAAGUAUUAAUUCAAAUUGUAAACGUGUUAGUGAUACAUUUCGAUGUGUUUGUCGAGAUCAAUUUAUUUCUGUGAAUAAAACUCAUUGUUUAAAAGUAAUCAAUGUUUCAACAGAUUCAUCAUGUUCUAAUUGUAUAAAUGGAAAUGGUAUAUGUUUAGAUGAAAAUAAUGAUGAUAGAAUGGACGGUUGUUAUUGUCCAACUGAUAAUGCUUUGUGUAAUUUAAAAACAGCUACUAUUAAAUCCUUUACAAUACCUGUUACAUCAGGAUUGAGAAAAAAAGUACAAAAUACCGAAUCAGCAAUAACAAUUGUAUCCGGUGGUAUUUCAUCAUUAGCUAAAGGUGAUCUUGCUCUCGGUUUAUAUGAUUUAAAUCAACAACGAUUAAUAGAAAAUGGUGGUUCCGUCUAUCUUGGAGAUAAAUUAUUUAUUGAACUGAAAUAUAAGGCAGAUAAUAAUCUUGAAUAUCAAAUUAUUGCGGAAAAUUGUUCAAUUGCUUCGAGUGUAUCAGAUAAUGAUCCUAAACUGGAAAAAAUUAAUCUUCUUAUAAAUCGAUGUCCAACACAAGAACGUUUUUCUUUUCGAUUUCAACGUCUCGAUCCACAUCAUAUUAAAAGUACAAUAUUUAAAGCAGUUAAAUUUGAAUCAACGCCAAUAGCCUAUCUUCGAUGUUCAGUUGCCAUUUGUUUUGGUCAUACAGAACAUUGUCAAGAACGUAUUUGUCAGAAUAUUAAUAUAAAUAGUGAUUUAUCAUUAAAUUCUAAACAGUCAAAAUUGACAAAAUUUUCAUCAAUAAAUAAUGUUGAACAAUUAAGUGAUUCAGUAAUCGUUGAUGAUAAUAAUAAUAAUGAUGAAACAGAAGAUAUUACGUUAUUUCGUCGUCGACGACGACGACGUCAUUAUAAUAAAAAUAAUAUAGAUAAAAAAAAAAUGUCAAAAUUAAUUCUAAAUUUUCCAUUGUCAUCAACAACAACACCACCUAUUCAAGAAUUUCCAAUAGAUAUGUUUAAUACAGAUGAUAGUUUUAGUAAAACAGAUACAAAUAAAUAUUUUGAAAUAAGACAUGUACAAAUGCAAUUUACUACAGAAUUAUCAAAUCCGGCUAACAUUGUCACAAGAAAAACUUCAUAUGAAACACUUUAUGGUUCUCAGUCGACGCAAGGUGCUGAACGAAGUACAGUGAUAGCAGCUAUUUCUAUUAUAUUUAUUAUUGGUAUAUCCGUUAGUUUAUUUGUUGUUUAUCGUACAUGUUAUUUAGAAUAUAAUAAUCGAAUUUAUGGUACAAAUGAGAGUAUUUAUGGUAUUGGUAGUACAAGUCAAGUUUGUCGUCGAUACGAUAUGGGAAGAAGAACAGAACAACAAUUUGAUGAAAGUUUUUUUGUUAGUAAUGUUGAACCAUUAGGAGCGUAUAGGCGGCAUUAUUAA